AUAGAGCUUAAAAUUGCAGGGGAAAAACACUCGGUUCUGUAAUAAUCUCUCAAUAAAAACCAUUCAUUCAUUCAUUCAAAAAAAAAAGAAAAAAAAGAAAUCAAACUCAAAAAACAUAUAAAUAAAUAAAAGUCAUAGAAACUUCUCUCUCCUCCCUCAUUUGGUGCUGAAUCUCUUUGGGUUGAAAUUGCAACAUCGGAUCAGACACAGACGCAGUCGCAGUCUCGGAGUUUGUGUCUCUCUCCCGGCGCCGGCACUUCUUGUCGUUGCUCAGAGAGGGAGACCCUAUCCACACCCCUCUUCCAUCUUCCAUCUUCCUCUUUCACUCUUUGAUUUUAUCUUUUAACAGGGGUUAUAUGGAGAAGUCAAACCUUUGACCUGAAAUUUUUGGUGUUAGGAUCACUAUCUCUUGUUCACUCUCUUGCUAGCAGUGCUCACAUCAGUUUUGGUUUUACUCUUAGAUGGCUACUGUUCGCUAAGGUAAGCUCUUUUAUAAAAUGCAUUACAUGAUGACAUUUGCUCGAAUAAAUGAUACAAGGAUGUUAUGUUUCUGAGAUCCACAUGCGUAUUUGACAAGUGUUGAGUCCUUUUGUUACUUUAUCACUGGUAAGCUUUCUGUUUCCUUAAUCUUUAUUUGCUUAUAAAUUUUAUUGACGUGGUUGUAAAAUUGUUUUAUCAUGUUUCUGGUUGAGUGAUGAUUUUGGGUUUUAGGCCUCUCACUAGUAACAUUUUCAAAGCUUCUGUUUGAUGGAUCUCACAUUUUGGGUCAACAUGGUCAAGUUUUUACCUGCAUUUUAUGUAUUGAAGAGGUUGUUAAUAUGUUUUUGGGCCAACCCGUCAUGGGAAAGUGAUUUGAGAAGUUACUAUAGCUGGCUGUUUGAUCAUAUGAUCUGGAUAAAUUUUAUGCAUAGAACUCAGAAGUCUCCCAGGUCAAACUAUGUACCAUGCUUACAAUUUGGACAGUGCAUAUUGACAUUGUCUCUUUAGGGUCUUCAAUUACUAACACCAACUAUUGCUUGAUUGAGUAGAUCACUUAGCUUGGUAGCCAUUGAACCUGACUUAAGGAAUGGAAGAAACACAAUGUUCUUGUUAUGCAUUUUGGUAGAUGCAACUGCUGUAUUUGAAAUUUAUUGGAUGCUCCAAUGUGAUGUAACUGGUACCUCUUUUUUAUUUUUAUUUUUAUUUUUUUGGUUUGCAGUAUCACUGUGAGGUUGGGCAUCUCAUAUGAAUAAAAUAUCUCGUUAGCAUUUGUAAAGCUAGUUAUUCAUAAUGGGUGCUUGUCUAUCCACGCCAUCUCACACAAUCAAAUCACAGAGGAAAUUCCAUCGCCGGUCCGGAAAAAGAAGGCUUGGAAGGCUUUCUAAAUACAUUCCUGAUGGAACAAAGAAAACGAAUAGUAAUGCAGGAACUCAUAUAACAGAUUUUGCUGUUAGUGAGUUUGUACAAACAACAACCACCUGCAGAAGAUCUGAGGGUUCCAAUUCAACAAUCCAUGUCACCCAGUUGCAAUGGCACCAUAGUCAGGUUGAUUCUAAUGUAAUUUGCCAAGAGGAAGCAUGGUUUGAUUCACUUAGUAUUCUGGAGUCGGACUCAGAUGAUGACUUCAUUAGUGUGCAUGGAGACUGUUUCCCUAGAAUUUCAAGCGGGCAAGUGCAUCAGUAUGAAACUUCAUCAUGCUUUGUGGAUAACAAGUUAUUCAAAGAAUACCAUGAAAGGUUUGUGAAAAUAGAUGGUGCUAAAACGGAGAAGUUUCUGAGCAAAGAUGGAUUCAAGGACUCGAACAAAUUUGCACUUGUAAGUGCCCAGGGCUAUGAAGUUGCAUGCUUGGGAAAGGCUGAAGAAUUUGCAACCAUGAGGAAGACAAAAUUAGAUAGAUCUUAUGGAAGCUUUAACUGUGUGAGACAUGACUUCGAAGAGAAAACCCAACAGAAAUUUUUGAAGUCUGGCUUAGCUCGGCUAGUUCCUUCUGUUAGCUUUAAUGAAAAGAUAAUCAAUACAAGAAGUCCAGCUCAACAACUUCAAAGAAGGAAAUCAACAGUUAUCAGACUUUCAUUAAAGAGGCAAUCUAUUGAUGCAGAAGAUACCAAUGAAUGUGGUGCUAAAAAAUUCUUCUAUCGUCCCAGAGCAGGACUUCAAAUUCCAUGUUGCAAGGAAGUGAAUCCAACUACUGGAUCUUGGUCUGAGGUUGAACCCUCAAAUUUUAAGCUGCGUGGCGAUAAUUAUUUUAAAGAUAAGCGGAAAGCCCCUGCUUCAAAUUGCAGUCCUUACAUUCCAAUUGGUAUCGAUUUAUUUGUGUGCCCAAAAAAGGUUAAUCACAUUGCCCAACACCUUGAGCUUCCUACUGUAAAAUCAGAUGGGAAACUGCCUUCUCUCUUAAUUGUCAAUAUUCAGUUGCCUACUUAUCCUGCUCCAAUGUUUCUUGGAGAUAACGAUGGGGAGGGCUUGAGCCUUGUGCUAUAUUUCAAGCUUUCUGAGACUUUCGAGAGAGACAUCUCUCCUCAAUUUCAGGACAGCAUUAAGAGAUUGGUUGAGGAUGAUAUGGAAAAGGUUAAAGGGUUUGCGAAAGAAACCACAGUUCAUUUCAGAGAAAGGCUAAAGAUAAUGGUUGGGGUGGUCAAUCCAGAUGAACUCGUAUCAAGUUCUACUGAACGAAAGCUCUUACAUGCUUAUAAUGAGAAGCCAGUCCUUUCACGCCCGCAACACAAUUUUUAUCAGGGACCCAAUUACUUUGAGAUUGACCUCGAUAUUCAUCGAUUCAGUUAUAUAGCAAGGAAGGGACUUGAAGCAUUCCGAGAACGUUUACAAAAUGGAAUACUCCAUCUGGGUUUAACAAUCCAGGCACAGAAGCCAGAAGAAUUGCCAGAGAAAGUGCUUUGCUGCGUGAGACUGAAUAGGAUUGACUUUGUUGAUCGCGGCCAAAUUCCUACUAUAGUAACCGAUGAUGACGAUUGAUUUUGGAUGGCCUGAUGCGGUGUCUGGCAAUCAAAGAUGUUGAUUUUGUAUGCAUUUUAAGUUCCCUGCAAUUCCAGCACUGUACAAAUGAAAGGGAAAAAAAUAAGAAGAAAAAAAGAAGGGAAAUCCAUUUGUUGUAUAUUAUAAAUGAGUUGUCCUUUCAUUUUUGAUAUAUUAAUCAUGUUGACUUCAAAUUGCUUUUAUUAUUAUAUGGUAUACAUUUGAAAUUGAUUUUAUUA